GCGUUGUGAACAAGUGAUUUUGAUCGAAAUGGCCACUUCCACCCAGAACGCCAUCACACUGAAAGGAUCGGCCGCCAUCAUUUCGGAAUAUCUCAACUACGGCAUCAACUCGAUCCUGUUCCAGCGCGGAAUCUACCCCCCAGAACAGUUCACCAGCGUCCAGCAGUACGGCCUCACGAUUCUGAUGUCCAAGGACGAGAAGAUCAUCGCGUUCCUGCGGAACGUGCUCACCCAGGUGCAGCACUGGCUCGCCCAGAACCAGGUGGACAAAAUCUCCAUGAUCAUCACGAACGUGCACACCAAGGAGGUGCUCGAGUGCUGGGACUUUAAGGUCCAGAACGAACUGGGCGAUUCGGCCUCGAAGCUGGACCCGAACAACCCGCCGACCUCGUCGAAGGAGCUGAAAAAGAUUCAGGCGGAGAUCCGCGACGUGAUGCGGCAGAUUGCGGCCACCAUCAGCUACCUGCCGCUGAUCGAGUCGAUUUGUACGUUCGAUUUGUUAAUACAUACGCUGAAGGACUCGGAAGUGCCCGAGCUGUGGUCGCCGACGGCGGAUGCGAAAAUUGAGAACGCCCAGACGGUGCAGCUCAAGUCGUUCUCGACCGGGCUGCACAAGAUGAACACGAUCGUCAACUACAAGAUGACCGAUUGAGGGCGGGGGAAGCGAUGGGGGGCAGUAUUUUUGUUUGUAAGAUUUUUU